UUGUCCGCGACUGUUUGUUUACAUGUGUCAAAGGGAGCUUCUGUUGCCAGAGGGCUAAAAUUCGAUCCAGACACAAUUCAUUAAAGUAGGCGCGCGAGCAGAUUGUUUGUAAAAAGUGGUUUAAGUGAAGUGUUGUAAAGUGCCCUAUUUCCUUUCUUUGUGUCCUGCUUUAAAUCUUAGCAUUCGUCCUUUCCAAUUAAAACCCUUUGUGAAGGCAUAGUACAAAGGGUCUUGCAUCGCUGCUACUACGUUUGAAGGGUACAGUAACGCGCAAUGAACGAAAUCAUCAUCCUGAGCGAGGGCUACUCGCGGUAUGAGGAUGGAGCGGUCCCGCAACCCGACGCCCCGAUGCUGGCCAACUGCACCUGCACCCUGAUCAAAGGCCCCGAUUGCAACGUCAUCGUCGACACGAUGACACCUUGGGAUGGCGAUCUGCUUUUGCAGCGACUGCAGGAGCAUCAGCUGCAUCCGGACGACAUCGACUACGUCGUGAGCACACAUGGACAUUCCGACCAUCUGGGGAAUAAUAACCUUUUCCUGCGGGCGAAGCGGCACAUCGUUGGCACUAAUAUUUCCCACCGGAAUCGUUACUACGUCCAUGAUUUCGACGCCGCACCUUUCGCGCUAACGGAUGAUAUCGAAAUUCAGGCCACACCGGGCCACACCAUGUCGUGCGUUACGGUACUGGUGGCAAGAAGCAAUCUGUCCCCCGGUGGACUCCCGGUUGCGAUAGUGGGCGAUCUGUUCGAGCGCCGGCAGGACAUCGAGGACGACCGGGUGUGGCUCGACGCUGGCAGUGAGGAUGCCCGUGCCCAACGCUUCCAUCGGGCCCGCAUUGCCGGCCUGGCCGAAUGGAUCAUCCCGGGUCACGGUGGACCGUUCCGUGUGGAUGCGACGGUACGUGAAAAGUUAAAACAUCAGGCUACCGAACCGUCGGACAGUGUCAUAUAAUGGAUCCUGUCCCAAACAGAGGUGGAGAAGUCGCUCGAGCUUGCGGUAAAUUGAUUGGCAUUGAUGUUUGCGAAGUGAUGGAAUGGAAAAAAAAACGAGAACUACAAUUAAGCAUGUUCGAUUGUUGGGAAAUCGAUGUAAAAAUGUGGCGGGGUGAUGUUGAUGUUUUGAUCUGUUCCCUUUAUUACGCCAACGGUCUCGUUGAACGUUGUUGUCAUGUGUUUAGCUGAAUUAAAACUGCACGCGCAUUUACAAAAAAAAAAACGCCUGCUAGCAAAAUGUUUCUUACAAAUGGUUUCACGCAUUGGUUCCAUAAUUGAACAACAAGCUACAAUGUUUAAUAUUGCAAAACAUAAGGAAACGACACUGCUGCGAAUGCAAAAAAAAAGUAUAUUAAUAAUAAGUGAACUAUUACAUAUGAUUACUAUCCGUGUGUACUUGGACAAAAUGAAUGCUAUCAUUGUGAAUUACAAAUUAUCGAUUGUUCGUUCAUAGUGUUGUUCAUGUUUAUGGCAAGCAAAACAAACAAACAAAAUGUACACACACACACACAAACAAACACACAAGUAAAUUAAUUCUCCCACAUGGAUUACCAUACCGAACCCCGCAUGAGGGACAUGAUGUGUUAAGUAAUUUAACAAAAACACACGACCCCGGUUAGCACAACCGGUAAAGCAAGAUGCAGUUACUAAUUGUUAGUGCGCAGCGUUGAUUGUUGUUUGUGUCGAGAGUGACCGUUUCCGUUGUUGUUUUUUUUCCUGUGUUUUUGUUUUUCUUCUGCCUCCAUCGUUAAUGUAGACGUCAGAUGGCGUGGCUGCAAGCAUGUUAGCGAGCCGUUUAUAUACCCCGUUAAGCAUGUUUGGGUGCGAAGGUCUGACCGCGAGUGUAGCGCUUCAUUGCGUUGCCGUUUUUGGCGGAAGAUGAUGAACUUGGCAACGGAGAGUGCAAGAAAGGCAGCAUUCGUCUGUCCAGGGAAAGGUCGGGCACAUUCAUUUGUAGCCAUUGGAUGCAGUUAGAAAGGGGGAAUGAAAAUGAAUGAAUGAAAGUUCAUUUGGUUUCCAAAACGUUAAGGUUGAAGCGAAACGCUUACGAAAGAUGCGCGCUUUUUAUCGCUUAUUUCCGUAUCCUUACCGGUUUUGCUGAUCGAACAUUCUUGUGCAACCGGAUAUUGCGAAGUUGGGGAUGCCUCGAUCGGACCCCGUUACGCAGGUGGUGGUAUCGAGUUGCACCCGGAAACAAUACGAAAUCGCAAAACAUUAGCAGCAAAAAAAAAAAACAAUAAUAAAACACCCUACCAAAUGUUCUUAACGGACGGACGGCAUUACAUGCUGAAUGUUGCAGACGCAAGCUUUAUGAAAAAAAAACAAAACUUACAUAAGUAUGCUUUAUGGUAAAUGGAGAGAAAAAGGAGAAGAACAGAAGGGAUAGAACAAAAACCUUUGAUUGGGUAGUUUAACUGAGAAGAAGAUGCAACAUACACAAUUUACAUAAUACACGAUAUAUAAAUAAGCAGUUUAUUGAUCAUACAUGUAAACGUUAGUGGACUUAGAGUUUCAAAAGUUUCUUAAAAAUACAAGCGAACAAGAAAUGGCGCGCAAGAAGUGGAAGAAAAACAGCCAUACACAACACAACAUUCACAACACAGACAAAAAAAAAAUUACAAGAAGUAUAUGGCAAAGUUGUUAAACCGUAUUCUAAACGGAGAAAAAGAGGUACACAAAACUGGCACAGAAACAAGAAGAAUGGGAAAACAUACACAAACAUGUACACACACACACACACAUACACGAAGGAAAAAAAACACGGGAAACCAAUGGUACCAAUUUUGAAAUGGUUGUGCAAAGUAAACAAACAAACAAAACAAAACAAAACAAAACAAGAAAUCUACCCAAUCCCGCUAGGGGAUCCGCCGCUACAUGAUCUUGUGCAAGCCACGCCUGUAGGAGAGAAAACAAACAAAGCAUAGCAAACAGAAGAAGUAGUACGAAGCAAACAAGGGUAUAAAAACACACACACACCAACACAUUAACAGACAUUACAAAACUACACAAACACAAGCAAAAGUAUAUCUGUACACGUUUUUGAAAUCUAUGGGCUUACGAACAGGGAUUGCUGGUGCGCCGCACUUCAGCCGUUUUCCUUCUGCUUAAACAAGGGAACAGAAGGACGCUGAAGCGCUGGUCACACACAUACACCUGGAUGCCUUCUUUACGAUGCUUCUACCGAUUUGCCAACUUUUUGAGACAAUGCCACAAACACACAUAGGUACACCAGAGCAAAAGAAAGCAAACCAAACAUACAUACAAUAAAAAAAGAAAGCAAGAAACAUACACAAGGAUAUAUAGUUGUAGAGUGCGGGAGGCUUUACUAGUAGGAAAAGGCCUCGGGAAUAGUUGUUGCCUGACAAAAAAAAACACACACUAAAUACACUGACGAAAGUUCACACAAAGCGGAAGCUUUUAUACACCACACACCGACACGGAUAUAUCCAGCAAACGAAACAAAAGAAGGAGAAGAAAAAAACCCGUAAAAUGCAUAACUCUACGUAUAAUGGAUGUUUAGUUCUUAAAAACAAACAAGCAACAAAAAACUGCAAGCAAAUUACAAGAAAAAAAGUAAUAAUAAUCGAAUAAGAGUUAUAUAUACAUAUAUAUAUCUGCUAAACAAAGCAAAGUAAUCAUCUCAUGAAUCAUCCAACUCAUACAAACGGUAAAUUAAAAAUUAAACGUUUAGUGCAAUAAACCCCUGCGAAGGUAAUAGGCGUACAUAAGGUCAACACGUGUGCGUGACUGCUUCGCCCGGCCAAAUAAGAUCCGUGUGCCGGGCGAAAAUGGCGCACAGAACGCUACACCACUUGGAUCCGAAAACUUCUAGUCGAUAAGGAAGUUAGACACAGAAGAAGAUGAGAAAAAAACCCCUGGCAAACAAAGAAGAACAAGAUGAUAAAGAAGUAAGAAGAGUAAUGACGUUUAAUUGGUAAGACAACAUUAAGAUUAGACAACAGUAAACGAGUUACGAGUAGACAUUAAGCGAGAGUGUGCGUGUGUGUUAUAGCAUUGGUUAGAACGAGUAUCUCCACAAGCCGACCCAGAUGCCGGAGGUGGAGAAAGCCUGGCAAACACGAUUUUCUACUAAAGAAUAUUUAUUCGUACAAUAUAUUAUACACAUACACCAUACAUAUAUAUAUACAAGCAUAUAUAUAUAUGGUUAUACAAAACAAAACUAAACAAAAACGAUAAAGAGCAUGUAGGCCCUUUAGUAGAAUACAAUAGAGAGCUAUUAAGAAACAGCAUAAUGCGAUAAAGCGAAAAAAAAAUAACAUACACACAGACAAAGAAAACCAGAACAUGUUUAAUUGUUUCCUAUAAACACAAUGUAAGCAAACAAAAAAAAACCCACACACAAACACACUUAACCAAAUGCAAAACUGAUUUAAUGAUGAUGAUGUUGUUCAUACCAAACA